CGCUUCUCACAUGGAUUCCAUAGAACAGGAAAAAAAAAACAAAGACAAAAAUCGAGAUGAAAAUGAAAACCACUUAUAAUUACAAAUUCGUGUUUCAGCUGGUGGGGCAUGAAAACAAGACCGCAUUAUGGAAAUCGUUUUUCUCAUAUGUAGAUGCUGUGUGACGAUCAGUUUUAAACUUCACGACAGUUUGAAAGCUUGCAUCUUAUUUUAUCUACAAUUCGUAUCGUUAUUAACUUGAUUAAUUUCUUCCUUUGUGCGCUUAAAAACUUAAUUAACAAAUUACCUAAUUUCGUGAAGAUUCGGUCAUUUUGUCAUACCCCAUUGAAAUUAAGCGUGGAGUAUGUGCGAAGGGCGCAGAAUAAUGGGGACGGGCGAACGAAUCAGCGUUAGCCCAGAAAGGGCGCAGGUGAACUCUGACUUGGACCCGAAACGGGCGCCUCAUGACGAUAAAGACCUAAAGCGGGCACCCCACUCCAAGCCGCCAUUUACACUGAGUCAGCUCAAAAAAGCCAUUCCUGCACACUGUUUCAAACGGUCCGCUGCUCACUCCUUCUAUUUUUUGCUCAAUGACCUAGCCAUGAUAUUCACUCUUUACUACUCGGCCAAUACGCUGAUUCCACUCCUGCCAACGCCUCUACGGUUGAUAGCAUGGCCAUUGUACUGGGCGGCGCAGGGGUGCGUGAUGACGGGGGUGUGGGUACUGGCGCACGAAUGCGGGCAUCGCGCUUUCAGCGAGCACCAGUGGCUGGAUGACGCGGUCGGUUUCGUGCUCCAUUCGGCGUUGCUGGUGCCGUACUUCUCGUGGAAGUACUCCCACGCACGGCACCACGCCAACACGGCCUCCCUGGAGCGCGACGAGGUCUUCGUACCACGUCGGCGGGAGCACCUCCAGUGGUACUUCAAGUACCUCAUCGUCUCGCCCACCGGCCGGCUCUUCGGCCUCCUGGGAGCUCUUCUCUUCGGCUGGCCGCUCUACCUCGCCUUCAACGUCACUGGCCGGUCGUACGAGCGUUUCGCGAACCACUUCGACCCCGGGAGCCCGAUCUACCCCGAGAAGAAGCGUCUGCAGAUCAUCGUCUCCGACCUGGGCAUGCUGGCCACCCUGUGGAUCCUCUACCAGGCCUCCGUGGCAGGAGGGUUCUGCUGGGUCUUCUGCAUCUACGUGGUGCCACUCCUAGUCGUCAACGGGUUCCUCGUAGCGAUCACCUACCUGCAGCACACCCACCCCGGGCUCCCGCACUACGACUCCUCCGAGUGGGACUGGCUCCGGGGCGCCCUCUCGACCGUCGACCGGGACUGGGGCGUCCUCAACCACGUCUUCCACCGCAUCACCGACACCCACGUCGCCCACCACCUCUUCUCGACGAUGCCCUUCUACCACGCCGCCGAGGCCACCGCCGCCCUCCGCCCCGUCCUCGGCGAGUACUACCGCUUCGACGACACGCCCAUCCUCCGGGCCGCCUUCAGGGAGACCGAAAGAUGCAUCUUCGUCCAGAGGGACGCCGCCGAGCAGGACAAAGGCGUCUUCUGGUUCGCCAAUCUGGGUUGAGAUCACAGCUUCAAAAUAAACAAAUAAACAAACAAAAAAAAAAAAAAAAAAAAAAAAAAAAAAAAAAAAAAAAAAAAAAAUACAAAAAAAAACAAAAAAAAUUGCAGCUCAGAACGGAGUAUGCCUCGAGAAUUUGCGAUAUGAGUACUUUUUCCCUCCGAAAAACUUCGCGAGAAACACACAAUUUUCACUGGUUGUGUCUGAAACACACACCCAAUGACAAAAAAGAUCUCUUUCUGGAUUUUGCCGUCACACAGUGGAUCGCGUCAAUCAGAGAGAUCGGACAUGAAAUUUUCAACUAAAACUGCAAAUUUUGAUGUUUAAUUCCUCGCAUUUUGAAUUUUAAGGAGUGCUUUAAAAAACAAUUUACGA